AUGGACGAAGAGAAGCUCAAGGCCGAGAAGAUGGCCGCGGCCAAGAAGAAGUUCGAGCAAAUGAGAAAGGCAAAGGCCAAAAAGACCGGAAGCAGUAGCAAGAAAGCUGAAGCUGGGAACCCCGCCCCCGUCGCGACUGAGGAAGCCCCGUCAUCACCAGCUACAGCGGAACAGACUGCCGCACAUACCCCCGAGAAGCAAGAAGCACAACCAGAAUCCACGGAACAGCUAACCGAGGAGUUCCCCCCUGCUUCGUCCGAAGAAACCCCCGCCACUGCCGCCGAGCCCGCUGCUGCUGCGUCGACGACCACCACACCCUCCUUGGCGCAACAGUCCAAGGCACGAUCGACUUCGUUCAGGCAAGGGAGUGUCUCCCUCUCCAGCGGCGGGCCGCUGUCGCCUGGUGCGAGUGCUGGCCUGGGGCUCUUCAGCCCUGAGGGAGAGACGGCGCCGGAUAUCUACCGAAAGCAUGUGCUUAGGAUAGAGGAGCUGGAGAAGGAGAAUAAGGCGCUAGCGAGGGAUGUGGAAGUCGCUGAGAGGCGGUGGCAGAAGGCGGAGGGCGAACUGGCGGAUUUGAGGGAACAGGAGGGGAACGCUGGGGGCGAUGGAGGGGAGGUGGGCAAGUUGAAAACCGAACUCGCCGCCCUACAGCGACAAAACGCGCAGCUCCAAGCCCAGCUCACCCGCCGCCACGGCUCCUCCCCCUCCCUGUCGAUGUCCAGCCCGCCCAAUACGAGCGAGCUUGAGGCCCAAUUACGCAGCAAAUCCGCCACCAUCGAGACAAUGGAACUCGAGAUGUCACGCCUGCGUGCCCAAGUUGAGCGCCUCUCCGUCUCGGCCUCCAACCCCUCAGAGCAAAUCACCGCCCUUGAGGAGAAGCUCGCGCGCGCCGACAAGGCGGCCGGCCUAGCGCAGCGGGAGCUGCACGAUCUGAAGAUCGAGCUGGAGCAGGUGUCCAAGCGGGCCGUCAAGGAGGGCUCGGAGCGCGCGUCGGCCGAGACCAAGCUGCGCUCGCUGGAGCGCGAGAUGGCCGACGCCGUCACCGCGCGGGACGAUCUCGCCAAGAAGGUUGAGGGGCUCGAGAAGAAGGUCGCCACGCUCACCACGCUGCACAAGGAGCAGGACGGGCGGACGCAGGCGCUCAGGCGGGAGAAGGAGAAAUACGAGAAGGAGGUGGGGGAGCUUAAGGAGAGAUUGGAGCGGGCCGAGGCGGAGAAUUUGAGGCUGAGGAAGAAAGAUGCCGCAGAGGGGGGCGGGGACGACGAGGGUGUGGAUGAGCUUGUGGAGGAGGAGCGGUUGAAGCUGGAGAGACGCGUGCGGGAGCUCGAGGCGGAGAAUACGGACCUCAGGAGGGGGAUCUGGCAUGAGAAGCGGAAGGAGAUGCAGGUCGAUCUAGAUGAAGCCGCUGCUGUUCCCGGUAGUGCUGGUCACGGGCGGUUUGAGACGGUUGAUCUUGGUGGUGGAGGGAUGGUGUCGCCGCCGGCUCGGAAGGGCGCAGGCGGUGGUGGGCUGGGCGAUUUGUUUGCGAGCGGGCUGAAUGCGCUCACUGGCGCUGCUACUAGUGUCGGUGGGGCCCAUGGGCCUGGACACCAUGACGAGUUACUGGAGGAUGAUGAUGUCGAGUUUGACGAGGAGGCGUUCCGCCGGGCGCAAGAGGAGGAGCAGAAGAAGAGGAUUGAGAGGAUCAAGGAGAUCAAGAGGUCGUUGAAGAGUUGGGAAGGAUGGAGGCUUGAUUUGGUCGAAAACCGGAGGGGUGGCGGCGAGGGCAUUGGGGAGAUCUUCGAAAUAUAA